AUGCGUGAUCCCCAAGAGGACCUUGAACCAAUGCCUAUCUCUGACAUGAGACUCAAGACUCAUCACCGCGGCAAGAAGGUCUUGCUUCGGGUCAAGACCGCACCCGCUCGGGCCACGGCCGUCGUGACCAACGUGGAAGAUGAAGAAGGGACAGCAGUUCUAUUAGCGCUUCAUCAACAGUUCCAGGAAGACUUGUUGACUGCCAGACAUCCUGCUCAAGACUCCGUAGCAAUCCUCAAAGAUCCCUUCUUUGAGCAAACGGCUGAAGGAACUUACUCCCUACAAGUCGUCCACCCAAGCGACAUCAUCUGGCUAGAAGACCACGACGAGAGAAUCCCCGAGCAGUGGAGAGUCCACAGAAAGAUCAAGAGUAGCGCAGAAUAUGAGUCACCAGAUGAGAAGCAGCAAGCACUUCUCGGCCAUUCCGACAUUUAUCUCAAACUCGAUCGCCCUCGUCAGGCGUUGCUAGACGCUAUCGAAGGAGAUGGCCUUACAACUUCGACCGAGGAGUCCUGGCUUCUUCAAGCUCGCGCGAUCUACCACCUUGGGAAGUUUGAAGAGUGCCAACAGAAGCUUCGGGCUCUUAAAAAAGCGUUUCCCAAGAGCGUGCCUGCUUGGAGCCUGCAACUACACAUCGGUAAAAGUCUCAAGGAGAAGAAUGAUGGUGCGUAUGCUGUUGCCAACAUGCUCAUUGGUGCUCAAGAGGCACCUCCAUUGAUCGACUGCGCCACCUUCUCCUCUCUUGUUGAGAUCCGCGUCGCCCCUGGCCGAGUUAUGGGGCUCUUCCUUACCAAAGACGUAUCUGCUGGAGACUUGAUACUCUGCGGAAAGGCGUUCUCGUACUAUUUCAUGGAUGAUGAAAAGAGUCAUGAGACCUAUCCAAUCUUGUUGAACAUGUCCAGUAAGGAACUGACAUCUGGUGGCUCUGUUCACCUGUGGCCACAAGUCACCCAAAAGCUGUUUCACAACCCGGAAUAUAUCUAUACGAUCCAAGAACUAUUCCACGGGGACCACAAGAAGCUUCAGAUCAUUGAAUGGGGCGGAAGUCCUGUUGUUGACUCCUUCAUGGUAGAAAGAACCAUUCACUACAACGAAGUAAACGCCCCGAGAACUAAAAGUAAUGACCUCGAAACCAGGGGCUUCAAGUGUGCGUGCGACCUAUGCAAGAGUAGAAGCAAGGAAGAUAAAGCAGCCCUGGAAAAGCGGCACAAGUUCUGCCACGAGGCUUCCGAUCUUCUAAAGACUGAAGUGCUUCAAUUCAACUUUGCCAAAGCCAGAACAAUCCUGAAACAACUAGAGAAAACUUACAACGGAAAGUCCGCCAACAAAGUCAGACUGGAGCUUUCGGAACUUUGUUUUGGGAUGAGCGAUCGGUACACGGAUUCGGGAAUGCACGCUGAUUUUGUCAGGAUGAUCGUGAAGUCUCUUGAGUCACUGGGCUUCGUCAUUGUCGCGUAUGUCCCUGGCCAACUAUGUCAUUUAUCUGUUUCUCAAUCUGUCUGA